AAUGUACUCUCUGUGGGUAUGCGACGGUGAGCCUCGGGAAGGUGUUGCUUGCAUUUUAUCGCUGAAGGCAUUUUUCACCAUUGUAUGCUCGGGCUAGCGUGAGCAAAAAUGCGAAUUACAUAAUAAGAUCGUCUCAUCUGUGUGGAUUCCCUCCCAGAGAGGCCCAUCGCCACUCGUCACGAUGGUGGACCCCAAGAAGACGGCGGUGAAGGAGGAGGAGGAGCCGGUCACGGCCGAGGCGCUCGAACGGCGCGGCAAGCGCUGGGCGGCCAACUUUCUGAAGCGGGAGCCGUCGCCCCGCCGCCUGCUGCACCAGCUGCUGGACAAGCUGCUCAGUCCGCUGAGACCCAUCACCGACGACAAAAUCGUCGAGUGGAUGCGCUGGAUCAUGGCGGCCGACAAAACGCCGGAGGAGUUCGCCGAACAGGUUCGAAGCUAUGACAACGCCCAACGCUGCGGUAUGGUGUGGACGGCCAACUUCGUGGCGUACCGGUGCCGCACGUGCGGCAUCUCGCCGUGCAUGUCGCUCUGCGCCGAGUGCUUCCAGCGCGGCAACCACGACGGCCACGACUACAACAUGUUCUGGUCGCAGGCCGGCGGCGCCUGCGACUGCGGCGACCCUUACGUCAUGAAGCAGACCGGGUUUUGCUCGCUGCACGGCCAGAUGGACCCGUCGGCGCAGGUGCGGCCGCCCGACUCGCUGAUGCAGCUGCCGCGCGAGAUGAUGCCGCGCAUCUUCACCCGUCUGCUCGUCUACCUGCGCAUCAACAGCCGUCCGGAGAGUCUAGAGAGUAACGACGCCAGCAACGCCAUCAUGCAGCGGCUGGACGGCUACCUGGGCUUCCUGCAGGACCUCUGCAACAUGCGCACCGCCAUGCGGGCGUGCAUGACGGAGGCGCUGACCAGCAGGGAGCUGUACCGCGACAUGGACCUGGGCACCAUCACCCAGGACGACUCGCACGGCGAGAUCAAGCUGCUGCGUGAGGCGUACCGCAACUACGUGGAGGCGGUGAACAGCAUGCCCAACCCGGACGUGGCGCCCGAGCUGCGCGCGCUGUCGCCGGCCCUCCAGGAAAACAUCCAGCACGAGACGAUGCUGGACGAGCUGGUGUUCUGGACGUACAAGUACGAGUUCCCCACCAAGCUGGUGUGCCUGCUGCUCUACAUGCUGCCCGACCAGCGCUACAAGGAGUGCUUCACGCGCGCGUUCGUGCUGCACUACGCGCGCAUCUCGCAGAUGCUGUCGGCCAGCACCGACCCAGACCCGCUCACCAACCGGGUGGUGCACGUCAGCGUUCAGCUGUUCAGCAACGAACAGUUGGCGCUGCGCAUGACCGAGGAGCUGCAUCUGCUGCACGCCAUGGUCAUCAGCCUGAAACACAUGACCAGCCAGAUCCUGAUCAGCAGUCAGCUGCACGACCCCGCCCGCAACACGCACCGCGUGGCCAGCUGCGGCGACAAGAUCAUGAAGAACCACUGCUACUGGCCGCUCGUCUCCGACCUCAGCAACGUGCUGGGUCACAAGCAGGUGGCGCUGGCGUUCGUGUCGGAUGACGGCCUGCUGCAGAUGUGGUUCUCCUACCUCUCCAUGUACCAGGGUAUGAACGUCAACAUCCGACAGCUGGACGCCCACGUGGACAUGGAGCCGUCCACCUACUACGCGGCGUUCUCGGCCGAGCUGGAGGGCUCGGCCACGCCCAUGUGGGCGCUGCUGACGCACCUCAAGGAGCCGGGCACGGCCGACCUGACCAAGCGGCUGCUGCGGCACGCCUAUGGGGCGCUGCAGCAGUGGCACGACGCCAUCGGCUGUCCGCAGACCUACGAGGAGAUAGUCGAGGACCACAGCAUGGACCUGCGGUGUACGUUCCACCUGCCGCUGCACCGUUACGUGGCGCUCAUCAUAUCGGAGGCGGUGAAGCGACAGGGUGUCAGUCUGGCCGAGCUGCUGCCGGCCGGCAACACCAUGAUCACCCUCAUCAGCCACCUGCUCAAGCUUCAGGUCAGUUUUCACGAGAUAUCGGCCGGCAUGUGGGUCCGCAACGGCAACCAGAUGAAGGGCCAGACGAUGACGUACACGCAGUGCCACUUCUGCUGCUCGAUGGUGGACCCGGACAUCUACCUGCUCCAGCUGGGCGCCAUGACGCUCGACCCGGACAAGUUCCUCACGCUCGUCCUCAAGAAGUUCCACGUCUGGGACUGGCUGAGCUUCGCGCCGAACGCCACCAACUCGUUCCUGGAGGCCGACCAGGAGAUCCCCAUGGUGGAGGCGUGCCUCACCUUCCUGGCCACGCUGCUGUGCGUGCGCACCUGCGCAGGCAUCCCUGAGGACGAGCUGGCUCGGCUGGAGAUCGCCACGCAGCUCUGCAUGGGCGACAAGACGCACAGCCAGCUGAUGGACCUGCUGCCCGAGAAGUCCGAGACGAUGAACAACACCACCCUGUUCGAGACGGCACUGGCCUAUGUGUCCCGGUACCGUGGCCCCGCCUCCGAAGCCUCCGGCAACAUGCAACAGGGCAUCUACGGCCCCAAGGUGGAGGUCUGGGACACGCUGUACGACCCGAUCUACGUCUUCCUGCGCGCCAUGGUCCGCAAGGAGUUCCAGGGCUCCAUGGACCGGUUCACGGCCUAUGUGAAGAGCACCGGUCAGUACGCCGACUCGAAGGGCUCGCCGUGGCCGCCGUACAAGGUGCCGCAGUCCGGGCCGCCGCUGGCCGACUGCCCGGACGUGCGCCGCAUUCUGCACUGCAACACGUUCUACGGCGCGAUGCUGGCCAUCCUGCGCCGCUGCGUGGCCGACCCGCUCGUCAGCGAGCAGGUCAUGUCGCUGGCCGUCUUCCUGCUCGAGAUGGCCGUGCGCAAGCCGGAGAAGGAGUUCACCGGACAGGAGAUGUUCCGCACCGACAUGGACCAGCCGGACGAGUGCGAGGACCUGCGCUUCACCGAGUGGUUCUGCACGCCCUGGAGCGUCGACAACCUGCGCCGCGUGGUCGACAACGUGACAGUGCGCACCGAGCGCGUCUACCCGUCGUCGUCCAGCAGCGAGAGCGACGAGAUGCUGAUGGAGUCGAUGGACAUGGUGGUGGAGGACUCGGAGGAGGCGGAGGAGGAGGAGGAGGACGGCCUGCUGCAGCUGCUGCGGCGCGCGCCGGCCUCGCACGACAUGGGCGAGUCGUGGUUCGGGCCGCGCGGCCUCCGUGACGCCGCCACCACGUCCACGACCUCGGUGGCGUUCGGCGACUCGAUCGUCUCGCUGCUGCUCAAGCUGCACAGCAAGCUGAGCGACCAACCCGACAGCUACCGCGUGCCGUGCGACGAGCAGCUGGCCGCGCACCGCGAGUCGCGGGUCGGAAACGGUCCGCACUUCGUGGGUCAGUUGCUGACUUUCAUCGCCAAGAAGGACCCAUUGCUGAAAGAGCACAUCAAUCAGACACGGAAUCGCCUGUGGCCUCGGGUGACGGAGGACGAGACUCCGCGCAGCGAGGACCGCGAGGCGCGGCGUCGCCUGGCCCGGGAGCGACAGCAGCGCCUGAUGCGCCAGUUUGCCAACCGACAGCGCCAGUUCCAGGAGCAGAUGGAGACCGAGGAGCCCGAGGCGGCAGCCAGCAGCCGGCGCGCACGCAACGUACGCGAGUACGACUGCGUCAUCUGCGGCCAGAGCUCAGCCAGCACGGACGAACGGCCGUUCGGGCUGGUGGUGCUGCUGCAGGCCACCUCGGUGCUGGCGCACCAGCACACCAGCACCGAGCCCCUGCAGCUGCCCACCGACCAGCAGUCGAGCCUGCAGCUGCGUCACCGGCUGCGCCACAACCGCGCCGGCUUCCUCGAGCACCGCCACGAGCGCCUCGGCAACACCUUCGAGAACAAGUCCUGGCUGCUAUCGAUGAACAUCGGCGUGUCAGGCGGUGUGCACGUGCAGACGUGCGGCCACCACAUCCACCUGGACUGUCACCGGAUGUACGUGCACUCGCUGACGGGCCACGACGCGCGCCAGCAGAGCAUCAGCCUGCAACGCGGCGAGUACUCGUGCCCGCUGUGUCGCCAGCUGUGCAACAGCGUGCUGCCACUGCUGGAGGACGACGGCAGUCUGGCAGCCACGCCGCCGCAACCGGCCUACAGACGGGCCGAGGCCUACACCGCGGUUGCGCGCCUGCUCAACGACUGCCAGCCGCCCGAGUACAACAGCAACUUCGGGGAGUCGAUAUCAAAGGCGAUGGAGAGCAUGACACACGUCACGUUCCCGAAGUACCGGAAUACGACGCCGCAGUCGCCCGGCCAUGAGAACGUGCUGCUGUUCGUCACGUCGAUAGCGCGGACGAACUUGGAGAUGGAGGUGGUGCAGCGAAACGGCGGGCUCACCAACACGGGCGACGCGGCGGCCCAGCUGGUGCCCAGUGUCAAGCGCUCAUGCUUGGUGCCACUACUCACCGUGCUCGGCUUCAACGCCAAGGUCCUGGCCGUGCGCGCCGACAACCAGUACCUGCCCGUCAUGUGGGCCCAGCUCAACGGCCUGCCGCCGGGCGCGCGCACGGCACUCACGCUCUACCAGCCCGAUGUGCCGCUGCUCCUGCGCGACCCGGCGUCGCUGCUGCUGCUGCUGGUGCUGACGCUGCCGCUACCGCUGCCGUCCCAGCUGUACUCGUGCGUGGUGCAGGCGCUCUACAACCUCACCUACGUGCAGGCGUGCGCGGCGCUGAGCUUCCACCUGUCGCUGACGCGCCGCCGAGAGCUGGCGCUCGCCCACCAGCGCAUCCGCGGCGGCGGCAACCACAUGAACAGCAUGCCGUCGAUCCUGGGCCGGGUGGUGGAGCUGCUCUCGUCCGUGCCGGGCCUGUACGUGGAGGACUCGGGGAUGGAGCCGCUGGUCGACCAGUCGUCGGCUCAGCUGGCCGAUCAGCUGAACGCUCGGUGCCUGCCGUUCCUGCGGCUGGCCGCCGUGCUGCGCCAGCACCUCUACCAGCUGACGCUGCCCGACCCGCGCCGGCCCGAGCAAGAGCUGCCGGCGCUGCUGCGCUUCCUCGAGCUGUCGUCGGCCGGCGACGGCGGCGCGCCCGAGGCGGCGCCGCUCGGCCAGCUGGCCGCCGGCGCGCUCUCGUGGGUCACCGCGGACGGCGAGCCGGUGGUGCGCGCGUGGUGUCAGGAGUACAGGAGUCUGGCGGCGCAGAGUCAGAGCGCCUCGCGCGAGCUGGUGCAUCAGCAGCGCUGGUGCCAGCCGCAGCUCCUCAGACUGCCGCAGCAGUACAAGACCAUCUUCCUGUUCUACCACCGGCGGCACUGCGCGCGCUGCCAGACGGUGCCCAAGGAGCCGACCGUGUGCCUGCUGUGCGGCACUCUGGUGUGCCUGCGCGGCCAGUGCUGCAAGGUGGGCGCCGCCAACGAGGCGGUGGCCCACUCUGUGGACUGCGGCGCCGGCACCAGCAUCUUCCUGGCCGUCAACUCGAGCACGAUCAUCGUGAUCCGCGGCCGUCGCGCCUGCCUCUGGGGCUCCGUCUACCUGGACAGCUUCGGCGAGGAGGACCGCGACCUCAAGCGCGGCCGCCCGCUGUUCCUCUGCGAGGAGCGCUACCGGCUGCUGCAGAACCUGUGGAUAUCGCACGCUUUCGACAACACGCGGCGCCGCUGGAUCUGGCACAAGGAGAUGCUCUGACCGGGCGGUCGCCCGGUCGGGGCGCACCCCUGACAGGACUGACGGCGCUGGCGCCCUCUGUCGGCCGGCGGGGCAGCAGCGGGCCCCGCAUCCCUCUCUCUGUGCCAGUGUGUGAUUGGUCGGGCGACGAGCGCCGGCCGGAGCGCGCCACGCACGGCCCGCUCGCCGCCAGG